CGUCCAAACACGUCACAGAUUUUCUCCUCUCGCAAUACUCCUCAGGUCACAAACUUUAAUUAGGCCCUCACUAGAAGGUUUCUUCUUCCGCAUCCAUUUUGCAGAGAGAGAGAGAGAGCGCGCGCUUCGUGUUUGAGAGGAGAGGUUGAGAUGGCUACUGCCUACGCUCCAAUGGCGAGCCAGGUGAUGAAGGGCAGCUUGGUGCACUCGAGGUCGAGAGGGAUGUCGGAUGCGUCGCUGACAAGGCGGCCCCGCUUCACGGUGAAGGCUAUCCAGCCUGAGAAGCCAACUACGUACCAGGUGGUGCAGCCCAUCAACGGUGACCCCUUCAUCGGCAGCCUGGAGACGCCGAUCACUUCCAGCCCGCUCAUCGCGUGGUACCUCUCCAACCUCCCGGCCUACCGCACCGCCGUGAGCCCGCUCCUCCGCGGCAUCGAGGUCGGGCUGGCGCACGGGUACCUCCUCGUCGGCCCCUUCGCUCUAACCGGCCCGCUCCGCAACACGCCGGUGCACGGCCAGGCGGGCGCCCUGGGUGCCGCUGGGCUCGUGACCAUCCUCAGCGUCUGCCUCACCAUGUACGGCGUCGCAUCGUUCAACGAGGGCGAGCCGUCCACUGCGCCCACGCUGACGCUCACGGGGCGCAAGAAGGAGGCCGACAAGUUGCAGACCGCCGACGGGUGGGCCAAGUUCACCGGCGGAUUCUUCUUCGGCGGCAUCUCCGGCGUGCUCUGGGCCUACUUCCUCCUCUACGUGCUCGACCUCCCCUACUACUUCAAGUAGAGAUCCAUACCUUCUCGUUAUGCGUGCAUGCGUGCAUGAGUAGGUGAUGUGGUUCUUGUUUGAGCAAGGAGCGUUGAAAAAAUGCGCAUUUUUAGAUUUAAUUAAAAUUUUAAAUAUAAUAUAAAUAGGAAUAGAUCAACUAUCA